AUGCCGGUUGAAGUAAGAGAGUAUGCCGUGGCGCAGCCUGACACUGCAUCAUUCAGCUCUUCAGGGAAGGCAGUCACUUCACAUUCACCCACCAGCGACGGCCACGACAUAUUUUACUAUCGCUUUUCAUUGCGCUACAGCCUGAUGGAGUCUAAUGAAGCCGGCGAAGUCGAGAAAUCACCCCACUCGUGCCAUUAUUGUCAGGCAGUCACGAUCAGCCUUGCGAACAGUUUCCACAGUCAGUCAUCGUUUCGUGAAACCGGCACACUAGGCAUCGCUUAUAGACGAGCUCGACAUGCUGCAGCUAGUGGAUGCAAGCUAUUCGAAUACCUGAUGCAAAGCGCCCCAAACGGCCAUGAACAUGAAAACCUCCGGUAUUCAUUCUCUUACGACCGCCCACCAAAAAAGACUAGUGUCAUAAGCUUUCACUAUCCCACAACCUCACAAGACUUCGAGAUCUACGCCGCGGAUGAGGCAACAUCGUUGGUAUUCCAUGCACCGCCCAAUCUAUCACCAGCAUCUACAAGCGCGGCUGAAGACUGGCUAGACUUUUGCGUUCAAGAGCAUGAGGAGUGCAGAAGAGUCGAGAAUGUCUUCGUCCCACCAAGACUCCUUCGUGUAACGUGUGCUCAAGACGAGGUGCACCUUGUAAGCAUGGAUGUCACGAAACCGGUACCGUAUGCUGUUUUAAGCUACUGUUGGGGAGGCGAUCAGCUCUCCCAAACAGUAAAGAGUAACGUCGGGAUAGUCUCAAGAACGAUAAAAGACCUACCGCAGACGAUCCAAGAUGCCAUUCUUGUGACACGACAACUCAAGCUCGAAUAUCUUUGGAUUGACAGUAUGUGUAUCAUACAAGACAGUGAUGAGGACAAAGAUGCGCUCAUCGGCCAAAUGCACAACAUAUAUGCAUGCGCUCAAGUCACCAUCGCCGCCAGCAAAGCUUCAAGAUGUACUGAAGGGUUCCUCGCUUCUAGGUCCAACGUACCACGAUUUCACGUCUCAGUUCAGGAUCCCAUGGAGGUGUACAAAGUCAGACCCAGUAGAGUUAUACUUAUACCCUCUUCGGAGCGACAUGUUGAGCCACUCUCCACACGUGCAUGGACAUUUCAGGAAACUCGCCUUUCAAGACGCAUUCUCUCAUAUGGAAGCCGACAAUUGCGCUGGUACUGCGGCGUAUAUGAAGACCAAGAUGGCGGCGGUCCGGAACGCAAUUCCUCCAAUUGGGCUUCCUUCCAAAGACUUGAAGAAAGAACCAUUGCUCCUCAUGGCCUAGGCUUUCGGAAACUAGAAAAUAGAACCAGUCUCCGUUGGAUAGAUAUUGCAAGGCAGUAUACAAUACGUGUGAUGUCAGAGCCUUCGGACAAAUUGAUCGCCAUCUCUGCAGUAGCACAGCGCCUCGCUAGCCAGGCUGAGGGGAGGUUGGGUCGGUACUAUGCUGGUAUCUGGACAGAGCGGUUCUUUGAACAAUUGCUGUGGGCCACAUCUGAAGGCGAGAUUGCGAAACGACCAGUUCGGUACCGUGCACCUAGUUGGUCGUGGGCCGCUAUCGAUGGAAGGCUAGAUUGGCCAUCGUACGACAGACUGAUAGGUACUGAGAUCUUGUGCACACUUCUCGACGUGGAGGUUCAGCCGUUGAGAUCUAAACAACCCUAUGGCGCAGUGACUGCCGGAAGGAUUAAGGUCUAUGGACAGGUCAAGCAAGUUUUGUGGUCAGCCGAUCGGAGAACGGUAAAAGAUAAUGAAACUCAGGCUGCCGUUACUAAUCACUUCAUGCAGACAUCUCCAGACGUGCGAGAACAUAAUGCACAGGACAUGACUGUUCAUGUGCUGAAGGUAGCGAUGUGCUCAUCUCACAGUGUCAUCAACAGGCACACGAACAAGCCCACGCCACACGGACUUGACAAGCACUUUCAAGGUAUAUUGUUGGAGCAUAUCGGUAAUGAAGUGUAUCAACGCGUAGGUGUAAUGGGCGUACGGCGCGUCCAGAAGGACGAGCUAUCACUGUCCGGGUGGUUGAAGCAGUCGUCGCUCGAGAGUCGUCAGUGGUGGUCAGAUGGAUCUGUAAGCAAGGAAAUAUACAUUAUCUAG